AUGAAGCUGAGUUAUUCGAUUUGGUCUUUUGUUGUUGCUUUCUUUCUUGAUUUCUCAUGUUAUUGGCACAAUGUCGCCACGAGACAAACCGGUUGUCGAUUCAUUAAAUUGAUUCGUGAAAGAACAAGUUCACAACUCAAAACAAUAAAUGCAAUUGUCAAUCGUGUAAAUCACGAUUUAAGAAGCAAGUGA